AUGGCACAGGUUGUGAAUGGUGAAAAAGCAUCUAUGAGUUCUUACAGUCGUCAGAACAGAUUAAAAAAUCAGGAUAUUAUGGCAGACAUUCAAAGCAGUAGUGGUGCUGAAACUAAUACGGGAAGCAACACCACUGAACAAAAAAAUCAGACUCGAGUGGAUUGGAAUUCACACACCAAGAAAUCCAUGAGCGCAUCCACACGAUUUGGUCAAUCUUUGCAUGGAACAAACUUGUCUUCAUUAAUGACCAAUAAAAGUUAUGGCAUUGUUGUUGGUAUUCAAAUCACAAACUGGACAAAAUAUCAUCUGACCGAACCAAAAACGAAGACUUAUUCAGGGUACAUAUCAACACCUGCAGUUUCAGUAGGACCUUCAAAUGUUGAGGCUAUGGUAAUACAUAAGAAAGGUUAUACCCCGACAGGAACAAGUGGAAUUGUCUCUUGGCUUAUAGAAAACAAACAAAGACGCAUUGCAAUCGUUUGGAGUUCACCAUAUUUUAAAAGUAACAGUGUUGGUAUUUGCAUAUCAACGUUUGGUAAUGUAAAACAAGAGGAUUCCUGGUUCAAUGUUAUAAGUAACAAGCAACAAGAUGAAAAACUGAAAUAUAAAUUUGCUACGUUCAGCAAUUCAAGUGAGGAAAUUAUGGUUGAAGAUGCCGAUUUUCAGUUAGUUGGUUCUAUGGGAACCAGUAGUAAACCAGAAGUUAAAAUUACACUUCGUCCGAAAAUGACACAUGACUUAUCUAUCUUAAAACCACAAUAGAGAAUAGAUAAUAGAUACAUUAAUAGUAUUUGUGGGUU